CUCCUCUUUAUCACGUUCCUCAUUGCUCCAUCAUGUACACAUAAACCCUCCGCACGACUUCCGCACGACGAUUAGUCCUCUGUGCUCUCUUCUCCCAUCCCUCUUGUCCGAUCGAUGGGGAUUCUCUUGCAAUUUUAAACCUUCGUAUUUUGCCUACCCACGGACCAACCCAAACCCCCAUUUAUUCUUCUGGAGGAACAGAGCUUCCACCACACACCAAACCACACCUUCUCCUUUCUGUUCUGGAACAACCCGGGCCCGCGUGUGCUAUCGCUUGUCAUUCGUUAACGACGCUCCUCUCUCCCCAGAGCCGCAAACUCUCGUCCACCUGCCACCUGCCUUUAGUCCUUAGUACUCGGGUGCAACUUGCACCUGUUUGGCUUUGACUUUGGCGCGCCUCUCGCCCAGGUCUUUCAAGUCCUGCGCCGGCCCUCAUUCGUUGUCACUACUUACUCAUCUGUGGCACUGGUUCUGGCACUGGCACUGGCACUGGCACUGACAUUGUCCCUCGGGCUUCCGUCCUGCCAUUUAUCCAUCGCCCCCAGGUUUUUGAACUCAUCUCGAACUGUUCGCCGUCUCUUCUUCUCUUAGGGUCUGUUCCUCCUACCAUAUCUCCCUCCACUACACCACACCACUCCUCCUGCGCGACCUGAGAUUUCCAUUUCAGCCUCCUCCACAAUACGCACACCUCGCACACCUCACACACCUUGCCCACCACCUUUCCAUCCCUUCUUGCGCACUCCUCGACACCUGACACCGAGACACCACGACAUUCCCUCCCGACACCAUACUCGAAAGCUAGUCUUUCCUUUCCGACCUCCAAACCACCUUUACCUCUUUUUCUCGCAUACCACCACCCUCCUCCACUCGAGUCCUACCUUGCACCCGAGUCCUUCGUUGCUCAGCCGCCGGCCGCCAUUACUCUACCUCGUUCGCUCCCCUCGUCUCAUCCUCAUCCGGUCCCCUCCACAUUUACGACAGUCCUGGCAGAUUGCUGAUACAAUACCAAUGUGUGGGGCGACCCAUCUUCUGCGCCGAGAGUAUCGAGCCUUUACAUGACCCAACCGACAACCUCAUCGCGAUUCACAAACUCCGUAGGUAGUGGGCGAUUCCUUUCACUUCCUGCGACAUCUGGAUAUAAACCCUGCAGACUAAAUACCUCCCCAAUCCGCCAUGAGUACCAUGUUCCAGUCGACAUUGAGAAAUCCCUUUGGCUCAUCCUCCCCAAUUGACCCCUCCCAGCGCUCGCGCUCCAUGGCCGUUCUUCCUCAGAACGGACACCCCAGCCUUAGCAACAGUAGUAACAGCAACGCCAGCAGCAACGGCAAUACCAAUACCAGCAAUAACAUGGACACAUCGCCUAUCUCGUCGCAUGACGACUCUUCAAUGCAAGCCACAUCCCCAGCGAACCAAAACAUGGGCCCUCCUGGCAGCGGCCACGGGGGCACAAGCCCUGACAUGGAACCAGGCAAUACCAUGUCCAAUGGAGGAAAAGAUCCAAACGCACCGUCAGCCUCCAACGCUGCAACCGCCGGUGCCGUUGGAGCCUCUCAAGGGCCCAAAGUCGUUCAGACAGCCUUUAUCCACAAACUCUACAGCAUGCUCGAAGAUCGAUCCAUAAAACACCUCAUUGCUUGGUCCAACACCAACGAGAGCUUUGUCAUGUCGCCUUCCAGCGAAUUCUCAAAAGUUCUCGCCCAGUACUUUAAACACACCAACAUCUCCUCAUUUGUGCGUCAGCUCAACAUGUACGGCUUCCAUAAAGUCAGCGAUGUCUUCCACACCGGCAAUCCGGAAUCAGCCUUGUGGGAAUUCAAGCACGGCAAUGGUAGCUUUAAAAAGGGCGAUCUCAUGGGUUUACGGGACAUUAAGCGUCGUGCCUCUAGACAUACCUUGAUUCAUCGCGACUCCUUCUCUGGCGCCAAACCGGGCCCCUCCCAGCCCGGCACUCCGGCCGACAUCCUACCCCAGGAUUCUGACCAGCGCAUGAGCGGCCUCGAACAGGCCUUCUACGAUAUUCACGCCCGCGUCCAGCGUGUGGAAGAUGUCAAUGCCAUGUUGAGCACACGCUGCCAGUCUCAGUCGGAAAUGCUGGGUCGAUGUCAUCUCCAUAUUCAGCACCUUGCCGGUCUUGUUCAGACCCUAUCUUCGGCUGAAAGUUCCGUCUACGCAGAAGCGUCUCAGAUGCAAAAGGAUGUCGCUCGACAAUUGGAACAGCUACGUGGACUCGAUACUCCCACUGACCCACUCUCCACAAACGGCCGGCCACCAUAUUACCCUCCCGCCGGUUCCGCCCUCGAGCCGCCACUUUCACCGCGGGGUUAUAACUAUGCCGAUAGCCGGAGAUCUUCUGUCCAGAUCGAGCCCCAACAUGUUGGCCUCAGGCCUCCGGUGCCUGUAAUUCCACCCCAGUUCUCCUCUCCUCGUCGUUAUGGCUCUAUCAGUUUGCCUCAAGCCUCACCCGGGUUCAGCCGCCCAGCGCUGCCACCCCAACCGCCCACGAGUGUGCAUCCUCUGGCCUCGGUCACCACCCCGCCGCCUCUCAGUUUGGCUCGAAGACACACAUCGGCCGAUAUACGAGAGCACGGAUGGGCUCCCAAUCAAAACCCCAACGGCGGUUCGCCCUACGCGUCGGGACACUCGUCGGUACAGUGGCAACCGUCGUCACCUCAGCAUCCGCCCCACUCGGGCGACCAACAGAUUCGAGACCAGCUAGCCCAGUAUGAGAUCAAUGGACCUCGUCGGCAGACGGUGGCGGCUCGCCAUCCCUCCCCACCACCACCCUCGGACCUUCCCCCUGCAGGGCUCGGCGUCGAGAAUGUUUCCUUUGCUAAUGGAAGUCGAUUUCCCCGCAGCACUUUUGAGCUCCACUCCGCUCCUAACACCCGCCGUGGCAGCAUGGCCACCUUACAUUCCUUAUUAAACCCAGCAGAAACGGCCGAGCAGGACAAUGAAGAUGAUGGUCCCCUCGAAGACCGAAAACGGAAACGACUUCAAUGACACGAUCUCCUUUUUAAGAAAAUAUUGGUCCUGGAGUCCCCCAUAUCUCUUGGUCGACACGGGUGGACCGAUUUGUUGUAGACAUGAAUUUUGACCUUUCAAACAGGGACCGGAUUUUGCAAGGGUGCGGCAUGUCGGUUUGUUUGGUUUACAGUCCCCAAUGCACAUAUGGGUGCAUCCACCGACUGGGAAAGAGAGAGCAAGCUGGAGCUGUGAGCUCGCAGACGACUUGAAACGGCUCCAUUUGGCUCGGUGAAGGAUAAUAAUGUGCAGGAUUGGGCUGACGGCGCUGGAUGUCUUCUCUGAUACCCUUGGGAAUUGGAGCAGGGAAUGAAUUAUCAGGACAUGGAUUGUACGUGGGAGCGAUGAAUUCAUCACGGAUGCUCCAAUGGUGUCCAGGAUCAAACAAGAUCAGAUAGAGCGUGCGGUUGACAGGUUUUCCCCGGACCGUGUUUCGCCCACAGAUAUCCUCUGGUCUAUCGUGUGUGGAUGCUAAUAUAAGAAUCCAAGGCCUCGUAAUAUCAAUUCCUCUUUGAGAGUUUGUUACUUUCCCGUC